AUGAAUGUGGAAGAAUUCCGACGUGCGGCUUAUGCUGCUGUGGAUGCUAUCUGUGACUAUCAGAAAUCCCUGGAGGACUUGCCAGUCGUUGCGCAGGUUGAGCCUGGAAAUCCGCUCAUUGGAUUCUUCGUUACAGAGGAGGCACCCACAAAAGGCGAAUCUUUUGAUGUGAUCGCCAAGGAUUUCCAAGAAUAUAUCAUGCCUGGGAUAACUCACUGGCAGCACCCAUCCUUCUUUGCUUACUUUCCGGUCGCAAACACUUUUGAAUCCGUACUCGCUGAUAUCCUUGCGGGUAGCAUCACUAACCCUGGGUUCAACUGGGCCUGCAGUCCCGCAUGCACAGAAUUAGAGAUGUUAGUCAUGGACUGGGCGGCCAAACUCUUUGGACUGGAUCCCACGUUUUACGUUGACUCAAAGUCGGGUGGUGGUGUGCUUCUGACUACAGCGUCAGACUCGGCUUUGACUGCCGCUGUAGCAGCUCGGGCUCGCUAUACUAAAGCCCACCCCGAUGUACCUCUCGACAAACUUGUUAUCUACGGAACGUCCCAAACACACUCACUGGGGGCUAAAGCCGCACUCAUACUCGGACUCCAGUUUCGUGCUAUCGAGGAUAAGAAGGCUGGCAUGCACCCAUUUAUUGUCAUUGCAACCGUGGGUACAACUUCUUCCGGUGCUAUCGACAACAUCGAGGAAGUUGGGCAAGCAUUGACCAAAUAUCCAGAUAUCUGGCUUCAUAUUGAUGCUGCGUGGGCUGGAGUUGCAUUGGCUUGUCCCGAGUUCCGAGAGAUCUCUUACUUGGGUGCCAUUAAUGCGUACGCUCACUCGUUCUGCACCAACUUCCACAAGUGGGGACUGGUUAACUUUGACUGCUCGACUCUUUGGGUCCGGGACCGGACACUCCUGACCGAUGCUUUGGACGUUACACCCGAGUUCCUUCGAACUAAACAGGCUGACGCAGGUGCUGUGAUCGAUUACCGUAAUUGGCAUCUUGCGCUUGGUCGGCGAUUUAGGUCCCUCAAGGUUUGCUUCGGUGUUGAAGGAUUCCAGGCGCACAUCCGAAAGGGUGUGGAACUAGCAAAAAUAUUCGAGUCGCUCGUAGAGCAAAGCUCUCUAUUUGAGAUAGUUACCCCUCGCUCCUUCGCACUGGUCGUAUUCCGGCUUCGGACACCCACCGCGCUGCCAACACCCGCCGCUGCAACCCCAAUUGAAGGUUCAGGCCUGAGUCAAGAAAAGGAACUUACUGCAGGCGCUUCGCCCGAUACAACCACUACAGAAGCUCGUCUAAGGCAAUCGUCUCAGACUAAAUCCAAUGCGCUCAAUCGGGCAUUUUAUGCGCGUAUAUCGGCCAGAAAGACUAUCCUCCUCACGCAAACGGAUCUUGCUGGUACUUUCUGCAUUCGAAUGGCGAUUGGAACUGCAAGAACGGAGGAAAAGCAUAUCCGAGAAGCUUUUGAUCUAUUGGUCGAGGAAGCCCAAGAAACAUUGAGAGAGUGGAGGGAUUGA